AUGGUUAAAGAUAUAGAAAGUUUUAUUUCACAUUAUGAAGGAAUAGUGUGGGAUCUUGAUAAAGAGGCAACUGGUGAAAUUACAUUGGAUGAGCUUGUUACUUAUAUAAAGAGUUUUAAAGAAAUUGAAGAUCCGAAAUUAGUUGCAUUAACAAUAUUUUCAUCUUUAGAUUUAAACGAUGAUAAAAAAAUUUCUUUACAAGAAGUAGAUACCCAUAAAUUAAAAAUGGAAGCUCAAAUCGUUGAAGAAAAUAUUAAAGAUGGCAUUAAAUAUAUGUUAGAUGACUAUGAUGGAAAUAAUGAUGGUAAAAUCACUUGGGAUGAAGUUUUUAAUGGCUUUAGAAAAUAUGUCAGAGGUACAGAAAUUUGUGUAUAUAAGACCAAUAAAAUCUUCAGCAAUUAUGAUAAAAAUUCAGACAAAGUAAUAACUACUGAAGAACUUAGAAAUUAUUAUACAAAAUUUUUCGAAUAA